AUGUCGUCUGAAAAGAGUUACCCACACCUGGCUAAGCACAUUCCCCGGACCAAGGGUUUGCUUCUGCUCACUGUGGUUUGUAUGACAGUCAGUUUUCCUACAGCCUUCGGAUAUGAUUCCAUGAUGAUGUCGUCCUUAAAUGCUCUGCCAUACUACCAGGACUACUUUGGAAUCACCAACGUCACCUCCAACCUCAACACAGCCAGUAUGUGGGUGGGCGAGAUUGUGGCUCUUUUCUUUGUCCAAAUACUUGCCAGUCGUUGGGGAAGACGUGUCUCGAUCCUGAUCGGUCUGGUUUUCGUCUUCCUCGGAACAAUUCUCCAGAGCGCUGCCCAGAACACCGCCAUGUUCGUUAUUGCCAGAAUCAUUUUGGGUUUCGGAUUCACUUACGGUUCAGUAGCAGUUCCAGUUCUUGUUUCAGAGCUGUGUCCAAUCAAGUUUCGUGGAUUCCUACUUGGAUCCUUCUUUUCGUGUUUCUCGCUGGGCUCCAUCAUUGCGUCGGCCGUGACCUAUGGAACUAGAGACAUCGAGUCCACCUGGUGCUGGAGAUUACCUUCUAUCAUCCAGGGUGUUCCAGCCAUUCUUUCUGCACUAUUUGUCUUGAUAGCUCCUGAGUCGCCGAGGUAUCUUAUCAAGGUUGGCAGAGAGGAAGAGGCUAGAGAGAUCAUCGCCAUUGUCGAGGAGAUCGAACCACACUCCGAGUACAUCAACGAAAUCGUUGUGAAAUGUCAAUCUGAACAGGCUGUCUCUGACAUGGUGCUCUGGGGCGAAGUCUUCAAGGGUAAAAAUAACCAUCGCCGUCUUGUAAUUGGAAUCGUCCAUGCUGUUCUCACUGAACUGGGAGGAAGUUCCGUUUGCUCCUAUUACCAAUCCGUGCUCUUGGAACAGGCUGGUAUCACUGAUGUCAAGCAAAAAUUGCAGGUGGGAAUUUGCGUUUCUUGCUGGUGUUUCCUUUUUUGUUUGGGAGGGUCUCGUGGAUUCGAUAUGUUUGGUCGUAAAACCAUGGCGAUAGUUGGUACCACAGGAAUGAUUGUUGCCUUCUUUAUCAUGGGAGGUUUGAUCAAGGCUAGGAACGACGAUGCUUCGAUCAGUCCGUACGGCUCUGUUUCGAUGAUUUUCAUUUUUGACGCCUUCUACUCGAUGUCCUGGAGUGCUUUGAACUACUGUUAUUCGCCAGAAAUCUGGCCAAACAGACACAGAGUCCUUGGUGUCACCUGGUUCAGUUUCUGGAGUGACUGCUUUGGUCUCCUGGCCAACUUCACUCUGCCAAUUGCUAUGGAAAACAUGGGUUUCAAAUUUUACUUUACCAAUGCAGGCUAUAACAUCUUCUUCUUGGUGAUUAUCUAUUUUCUUUUCGUGGAAACCAGAGGAGUCCCACUGGAAGAAAUCGAGACUCUCUUCGAUCAAGCUCCUUGGGGAGGAUUUGGUAACAAAUUUUUUGCUCCUUCUUCUCUCGUUGAGUCUGACGAGUGCGAAGUUAUCGAAGUGGAAGCAUCGCUGAAGGCUUAG